AUGAUUGAUACUCGCUUGAACUUCAAGCAGCAGGUGGAACACGUUGCAACCAAGGCCUCGGGGGUUCGAACACUUAUUCCGCCUCAUGCCAAACAUUCGAGGUCCCACAAAAAAAGAAGAGCGCUGCUGUCCACGGUAGUGACGUCAGUGCUGAGUUAUGGGAUUCCCAUCUGGGCCGAUGCGCUCCAGUUCCAGGAAUCUCGGCGUAAGACCGCUUCCGUCUAUCGGCAGAGCACCCCGAGAGUUGCUAGCGCGUACCGCACAGUGUCGGAAGAUGCAGUUUGUGUGAUCGCCGGAAUGCUGCCCAUCGAAGUAUUGGCUGAAGACCGAAGGUGUCUUUACCGGCGGAGAAGGUACAGUACAUUGAGCCCAAAAGAUCUCAGGGAAGAGGAGAGACGAUACAGCACCAGCCGAUGGCAGGUGUUGUGGGAUACCUCAGCGAAAGGAAGAUGCUCUCAGGACAUGGAUGCUUCCGGAAGUAUCUUCAUAAAUUCAAACUUGAAGAGACCCCGGAGUGCCCGACCUGCAGUGGAGAAGGAGAGGAUGCUGAGCACGUGUUUUUCAGGUGCAAACGCUUCGCAUGGCUUCGCAGUAGCUGGGAGACUGCAAUGGAACAGAGAGUCCCACCUGAAGACCUAG